GCACAGCGGCCAGAGGGGCGUGCUGAUUGGCUAUUGCGUCUCCACCAAUCAGCGGGCGCGUUGUUGGGUGAUUUUUGGGGAGCGGGCCGGCGCUGAGGGCAGGAAGAAGCCAAGAUGGUUCUGGAGAGCACCAUGGUGUGCGUGGAUAACAGCGAGUACAUGAGGAACGGGGAUUUCCUGCCCACGCGGCUGCAGGCGCAGCAGGACGCCGUCAACAUCGUGUGCCACUCCAAAACCCGCAGCAACCCCGAGAACAACGUGGGGCUCAUCACCCUGGCCAAUAACUGCGAGGUGCUGACCACGCUGACCCCGGACACCGGGCGGAUCCUGUCCAAGCUCCACACGGUGCAGCCCAAAGGGAAAAUCACCUUCGGCACCGGGAUCCGCGUGGCCCACCUGGCGCUGAAGCACCGGCAGGGCAAGAACCACAAGAUGAGGAUCAUCGCCUUCGUGGGCAGCCCCGUGCACGACAGCGACAAGGACCUGGUGAAGUUGGCCAAGCGCCUGAAGAAGGAGAAGGUCAACGUGGACAUCAUCAACUUCGGGGAGGAGGAGGCCAACACGGAGAAGCUGACGGCGUUCAUCACGGCGCUCAACGGCAAGGACGGCAGCGGCUCGCACCUGGUGACGGUGCCGCCGGGGCCCAGCCUGGCCGACGCGCUCAUCAGCUCGCCCGUGCUGGCCGGGGAGGGCGGCGCCAUGCUGGGCCUGGGCGCCUCCGACUUCGAGUUCGGGGUGGAUCCCAGCGCUGACCCCGAGCUGGCGCUGGCGCUCCGCGUGUCCAUGGAGGAGCAGCGGCAGCGGCAGGAGGAGGAGGCGCGGAGAGCGGCCGCGGCGUCGGCGGCGGAGGCCGGGAUGGGCGCGGCCGGAGGGGAUGAGUCGGACGAGGCGCUGCUGAAGAUGACCAUGGGGCAGGCGGAGUUCGGGCGCUCCGGGCUGCCGGACCUGAGCUCCAUGAGCGAGGAGGAGCAGAUCGCCUACGCCAUGCAGAUGUCCCUGCAGGGAGCCGAGUUUGCCCAGGCCGAGGCGGCCGAGGUGGACAGCGGAGCGGCCAUGGACACGUCCGAGCCCGCCAAGGAGGAGGACGACUACGACGUGAUGCAGGAUCCGGAAUUCCUGCAGAGCGUCCUGGAAAACCUCCCCGGGGUGGAUCCCAACAACGAGGCCAUCCGGAACGCCAUGGGAUCGCUGGCGUCGCAGGCGGCCCGGGAGAACCGGGAGAACCGGGAGAACCGGGACAGGAAGGACGAGGAGAAGAAAUGAAACCCCGGGAAAAUCCCCGGGAGAGGGGCGGGAAAAAUGAAAUGGAAACGAGCGACGGGAUUUCCUUGGGAAUAAAAGGAAGCCGAGGUAUUGCUUGGGGAUCGUGGGAAUAAACGGAGUUUCUUGGGAGAGAAA